CCAUAUGCAUUUUCUUCCGGUUCACCCAGCACAGCUGGCUCGCCUCCCUUUGCACUGCAGCAGGAAAUAUAGAGUAUUAGUGUUUCGAUAUGGCGUCAUGUUCCUACAAGGAAAAGGUCGUGAGGCUGGUCAAGUGCUUCUGCGGAUGCAGUGACAUGACCGUCGAAGAAGUGCAUCGCAUCUACACGCUGACCAACAGUGUCCACGAAACCCUGCUAGACGCCGAGGCCACAAAACUUUUGCGCACUUUCAUGAAGCUGAGACGGUCCGGCGACAAGAACGAGGCGGAACAGCAUUUGGAAAUAUACGAAAAGUGUGCGGAAUUUCUAAAGGAGGCGCAACGUACUUUUACACAGGAUGAAGUGGACGAACUCUGUGAUUUGGGGCUGCCCUAUGACUCGGAGCAGGAUCUGUCCAAACGCAUGCUUGGCGGUCAACGCUCGGACAUAAGUCUCGGCCUUUAUCGCAUCCAGGGCAAAUGUCGCAACGAGAUUGAGGCUAGCAGCGACUUUCGGGAUUUCCGGGACGCCAUACGGGACAAGAUGCGGCUAGUUCCGAAAUGAUAUAUUUGGGAAAUCCACAAGCUACAAUUGGUGCUUUUCGUGUUCAUGCUACUAUAUACACAUACCAAAGUCAAGAUGGUACCUUUUAGAACCGCACUAAACCUCGUCGUCUAUCUAGUUAGCAGUGCCUUUAUGCCCUCCACAAUCUCCACUCUAAUCUUAAGUCCAACAUUUAUAGUCCUUGUGCAACGAACCGAAACGCGUCCCGCAACGUCAGCGACAAGAAGCAAUGCAAUUGUGACUUGCAGAAGUGCUAGCU